AGUCUCAGGGCCAGGCUUCUCUGGGCAGAAGGCCGGGAGGAGGGCACUAGGAGCCAGAGGCACGGGACGGGCACCCCCCCGUGGCCCUGCUAAUGCUGCGCCUGCUUCCUGGCCUCCUGUAGGUCCGUCCUCGACAUGCGAGAGGUGGCUCUCAGGCUGCUCGUCCUCCUGUCAGGUCUGCCUGCACUGGACGCCAAUGACCCGGAAGAUAAAAACAGUCCUUUCUACUACGAUUGGUACAGCCUUCGGGUCGGAGGACUCAUCUGUGCAGGGGUCCUGUGCGCCAUCGGCAUCAUUGUCCUCAUGAGUGGAAAAUGCAAAUGCAGAUUCGGCCCAAAGCCCAGUCACCGGCCAGGGGAUGCCCCACCUCUCAUCACUCCAGGCUCUGCCCACAACUGCUGAGGUUGGACCAGCUGAAGGAAGGGCCUGUCUUUGUCCCCAAGUCCUGGCUGUCCACAGGAGCCUGAACUCCAGGGUAACAUCCUCCCGCCCCUCCCCAGGCUGCCUUGCUGGGGCCUCGCCUCACGGCUCACGGGAGGGAGCUCUUUGUUCAAUGUUUUAAUACAAAACCAUCCGGCCUGCA